GAAACGGGACAGGACGAGCCCAACUUUGAGUUGCUCCGAAAGGCAAACGGCACGCGUUAUCCUCGGUUGUUAUUUUUGUGUUCCGAAAAUACACCCAUCUAUAAAGCUAUUUGCUUUUUUUUUUUUGGCUAACAUGCCUGGCUUGAAGGAGGAGUCGCCCCAUCCGAUGCUCAGAAUCAUUAGCCAGCUGGGUCACCAUGUUCUGGACGGCGGUAGCCUCCUCGACGCUCUCCUCGAACAGCGCCGAGAGCUCGGCGGGAUUGGCCAGUGCGGCGCCCAGUUACCAGCAGCAGCACACGAAGCCAUCGCCGCUGAGAGCCUCCUUCAGCAGCUGGCAGCUUAGCAAUGCAGCGUUCAAGUCGCGUCUGCAACAGCAACAGCUACUGCAGCAGCACCAGCAACAGAUACAGCAGCAGCAACACGAGCAGCAGCAGCAGCAACAGCAGCCAGGGGACUUGCCCCAACAGGAAGUGCAGGCAAACAGGGAGCCCAAACAUUCUGCGUGCCAGAAGCACAAACAUCAAACAGCAAACAUCAAAAAGAAAAUCAGUCCAAAGAGUGAAAGUAAAAUAUUUAAAGCUUUUACCUCCUGCAAAUGCAUCCAAAAGUAGAAACAGUGCAAGUGUACAAAUGUCAGAACAAUAAACACCGAACAAUUCAAUAUUUUUUGAUGCAUUUUCAAGUUAGAAACACAAACUAUAUAUAAAACAAUAAGAAACAAAAACAAUAAAGUUCCUGUGGAUUUUAAAGUGAAACAUAUACUAAAUAAUAUUUGUAAUGAACGCAAAUUUUGAGGAAUAAAAUGAUGGCCAAGUUGAAAGUAUGUAUUAUAUACAUAUGUAUCUUUAAAAAACUGUAUCCAUUUUACGGAAAAGAAUACUGAAAAAGAUGGAGUCGUCUAUCCAGGUGCCCAAGGAGUUGGAAUCUCUGCUGAGCUGCGGACUGUGUCGUCGUCCGUUUAAUCUGGCCACUGGACUGCUGCCCAAGGAGCUGGUGUGCCAGCAUAGCUUCUGUGAGGAGUGCGUGUCCAGAAGCACCGUCCAGGAGUCCACCGAGUGCAUCUGUUAUCUGUGCGGAGUUCGCACCAAGUUACAGGGCCACAAGUUGCCCGAAUCUUUGGCCAUCAUGUUUCUGCUCCGUGAGCUGCCCGCUUUGGUUUUGGGCAGAGCCAUGUUGGACUUCUCCAAGAGGAACAGCAGCAGCGGCACCAUUGAAGUUUCUGGCGAGGAAUCCAAGGACUCGCCUUCGGACAACUGGUUGGAUGAGAUCUGCGUGGACAGCUUUUUGGCCAGCAGCGCCGAGCACUGUUUCAUCCAUGCCAUGCCGAACUCCACCUGGUGUCACAAUUGCCAGCGUUUGCUAUGUCGCGCCUGCUCCGAUGUCCCAAUGCAUCGGGAACAUCGCAUGGUCCGCCAGUUGGACUACCAUGAUGUGCUCCGCCAGCUGCUCACCUCGGAGCUGGCCAAGAUCAAGCGCACGGUUGUUCAAUCCUCGGAGUUGGCCACUCGCGAAAUGAUUUUACUUCGCGAGCUGUGCGAGGCCUGCUACCACGUCCAGUUGCAUAUAAAGCGGGUGAUUUUGGAGCACCAGCCCUCCAUGGUGUCGUCCAAAAUGGUGGGUUGGCAUCAGCGCGCCGAACUGAAUUUGAGUCGAUCCGCCGGCAGUCUCACGGGAGUCAAAAUGAUGCAGCUGCUCACCCAGUUGGUACAGCAGCGGCGCAAGUUCGAGGGCCAGUUGGCGGAGGUGCACUUUCAGUGUCGAUUGCGGGCCGCAGUGCAGGAGAACGGCAUGCAAGUCCUGGAUUUCGAGCGUCUCAACGACAGGCUCCUGCGUCUGCGCAGGGAUCCCCGGCCCGGGGUCGUUCCCGCCAAUGUCGAACCACCGCGGGCGCUCAUCCUUACCAACUACUGUGUGUUUGCCUACUGGAGCGAAAUGCAGCGCUUGAUAAUGCCCACACGCCCCAGGACUCCGCCGCCGGAUCCAGAGUUGCUGCCGCAAUCCCGGCGAGCGGUGGUGCCACCGCGUUUCAAUCACCGCCAGCGAGAGGCAGAGGUCAGGCUUCACAUGCAGCACGUCGAACUGGAUCAGAAUCGGGCACUUAGCCGCCAGGCGGAGGAUGGUUUCUCCGGCUCCGGCUCCGGCUCUGGCUCUGGCUCCUCCUCCUCGCCGAGCAGCAGUAAUAGCAACAGUCAGAGCACCUUCUCCUCGCUCCAAGGCAACUCCACGGCGCCGCAGCAGACCACCACCUAUGUUCUGGACAUGGAGCAAUUCCGCAUGGUGGAACAAUAUCGCGAAAGGGUGUGGCAAGAGCAGCAGCAGUGGCAGAUGCAGCAGUAUCUACAGCAACCAUACUACCAAAUGGUCCAACCGGAUGCCUCCUGGGCCAACUGGGAGGAGCAGUGGUGGCAGCAGCAGCAGCCGCAGAUCUUCAGCCAGCAGAACCAGGACUAUCACCAGGAUGGCACUCUCUAUUCCGCGGUAAGCAUUGUCCGGCAGCCCUCCGUUCACUGUUAUCCCAUCUACUUUCUGGAAAUGGAAAUAGCAGGCCAACUGGCCGGACGGGUACUAAUCGAGGUGAGAUCAGAUGCCGCUCCCCGGAUGGCGGACAACUUUGGGGCGCUGGUGCGGCAUGACCGGGGCUACGGCUAUCGGGGCUGCACCAUUUUCCAGGCCUGGGGAGGCGAGAGCAUCAUCACCGGCGACUUUGAGUCGCACAACGGACGCGGAGGCCACUCGGCCUUCGAGGAUCGGUACUUCCUGCCGGACGAUACGGGAUUACCGCCAAAUCGGGGAACGGUUGGCAUGCGAAGGGGACAGCGGCGACAGGACAGGAGUGGCUUCGUGGGCAGUCAGUUCCGGUUGAUCCUUAACGAGAUGCGCUCCUUUACGGCCAUCUUUGGGAACAUAGUACAGGGCAUCGAACUGGUGGACAGAAUUGCGGCCAGUGGGAAUGCCCUGGGACGCCCAGCAGUUGGAAGCAUCAUCCGGAACUGCGGCGAGUACCAUUCCAACCGAUAAAGCCACGUCCUCUUCAGAAAACUCUUAACACUAACCACCAACUAAAAGCUCCCACACAUUUUAAAUGUAAACGUAAUCGUAAAUGUACAACCCUCCCCGAUAUAUCUAUACAAUUCUUGGUAUACACACAUCUACUGAUCUUGGUACGAUUUUUUGUACAAAUAAACUCCCCACUCCUUAUCGUCAAA